AUGAAGAUAAUUAAUGUUUGCUGUUAUCAAACAAUGUUACAUUUUCUAGCUAAAAUUGUUUGUUUAUUAUUAUUUAUAUUUAUUUAUUGUGAAUUUUUGAUUUAUUAUUUUGUUUUGUUGGGUUGUUCAUGGCCACAAUUAUCUAAAAUUGAUCAAGAUUUCACUGUUAAACCACCAAAUGAUCCCAAUAAGAAACCAUUACAUGUUAUGUUUAUUGCUGAUACUCAUUUACUUGGUUCACGUGAAGGUCAUUGGUUUGAUAAAUUACGUCGCGAAUGGCAAAUGUAUCGUUCAUUUCAAUCAGCACGAUUUCUAUUUGAACCACAUAUUAUUUUUUUUCUUGGUGAUAUAACUGAUGAAGGUAAAUGGUGUUCCGAUCAUGAAUGGGAAAAAACUGUUAAUCGUUUUCAUUCAUUAUUUUCCAUUCCAACAAAUACAAAAUUGUAUGUACUUGCUGGAAAUCAUGAUAUAGGUUUUCAUUAUGAUGUAUCAGAUGGUCGUUUAGAACGUUUUGAAAAAACAUUUCAAGCUCCACAUGUACGUUUAAUAACAAUUGAUGAUGAUAAUAUUGAUUUUAUAUUAAUCAAUUCAAUGGCAUUUGAAGGUGAUCAAUGUCGAUUAUGUGCACGUGCUGAAAAACAACUUGAUGAAAUUGUUAAUCAUCUUCAUCGAUCUGAAACAUCAGCUAAACCAGUGUUAUUAUCACAUUUUCCACUAUAUCGAGUGUCUGAUGCUAAUUGUUCACUAUGGAGACAAUCUUCUUCUUCUUCUUCUUCUUCAAAAUUUGUUCCACAUAAACAACGUUAUGAUGUUUUAUCUCAAGAAGCAUCUGAAAUUUUAUUAAAAAAAAUAAAACCACGACUUGUAUUUACAGCUCAUACACAUGAUUUCUGUUAUACAAAACAUACCGAUACGAAGGGUAAAAUAAUUCCUGAAUGGACAGUUCCAUCAUUUUCUUGGCGUAAUCGUGAUGAUCCAUCAUUGAUGCUGUUAUCAAUAACAACAAAUAAUGAACGAGUAUCACAUUGUCGUUUACCACGUGAAUCUACUGUUUUUUGGUCAUAUGGUAUUGGUGCUUUUCUUUUGAUUUUUUAUAUACUAUUCGGAGGAAGAAGACCAUUUGCUCGCUCGUUUCCAAAUAUUCGUAUCAAUGCCACAUGGACACAAAAUGCUCUCACUAUUGCUGGAGGUCAAGGUGAAGGCAGUUCAUUAAAUCAACUCUCUCGUCCUUUCGGUUUGUAUGUGGAUGAUGAUCAAACUCUUUUCAUCGCAGACUGGGGUAAUGAUCGUAUUUUGGAAUGGACGUAUGGUGCAACAAGUGGUCAAGUGGUGGCCGGUGGAAACGGCCGAGGAAAUCGAACUGAUCAAUUGUGUCAUCCAACAGGUGUGAUUGUUGACAAAGACACAGACAGUCUCAUAAUUUGUGACAUGGAAAAUCGACGAGUAAUGCGCUGGUCUCGUCGAAAUGCCACAAACCAAGAAACAAUACUCGACAAUAUCGAUUGCGCUGAAGUGGUGAUGGAUGAUGAGAAAUCUCUAUAUGUGUCUGACUGUCAAAAAAAUGAAGUAAGACGAUACCAAUUGGGAGACACACAAGGAACAGUGGUGGCAGGUGGCAAUGGGAAAGGCAAUCAUCUUAAUCAACUCUAUUUUCCUACCUAUCUCUUUGUUGAUCGAGAUCAGUCAGUGUACGUGUCAGAUACAUAUAAUCAUCGCGUGAUGAAGUGGGUUAAAGGUGCGACGGAAGGGAUCGUCGUAGCUGGUGGUCGAGAAAGUGGGGCUGAUUGGACACAAUUGUCAAGUCCUAACGCAAUAGUCGUCGAUCAGUUGGAUAGAAUCUACGUGGCAGACUUAGGCAAUCAUCGAGUGGUACGUUGGGGCAAUGGAGUAAUACAAAUCGCUGGCGGAAACGAUGUUGGAACACAAGCAAACCAGUUGAACAGUCCUUCAGGUUUGUCAUUCGAUCGAUAUGGCAAUCUUUAUGUCAUUGAUCACAAUAAUCAUCGCGUUCAACGAUUUGACAUCGAACCGAAUUGA